AUGGCUGAGCAAUCGGCAGUCAAGCGGUUUGAGGAGCUGUCGUCGCAGUGGGAGAAGUAUGAGCGCAAGGUGGUGGAGCGCUGCUCGGAGCAGCACAAUGCCAUGUCCAAGUCGGCAGGGCUGCUGGACAGCGUGCGCACCCGGGCGGCCUCCAGCACGGGCAUGGCAUCGGCGGCGGCAGGCCCGGCAGCCGCCGACACGCCACGCUCCCUCAAGGAAAACCUGGGCGCCGAGCUCAACCGCAGCGCCGUGUUUGGGGCGCCGCCGGCCGCGCCCACCCCCACCAGCAGCUUCGCGGCGGCCGCCGCUGCGGCGCUGUCCGCGGGCGGCGGCGGGUGCCGCCAGCACUCGAUGCUGCAGCAGGCCUCCAAUCUCUUCUUGCAACAGGCGGAGGUGGAGGGCCUGUCAACGCAGCGCCACAGCCUGUCCGCCGAGGUGCAGACGGCGGGGGCGUCUGCCAAGGCGCUGAGGGUGCAGGUGGCGGCCUCGCAGCGGGAGCUGGAGGCGGUGACUGCAGACCUGCAGCGGGCUCAAGGUCGGCUGCAGUCCCUGGAAGCAGCGCAGCGUGCAGAGCAGGAGCGGUACCAGAAGGAACGCGCGGCCGGGGCGGCCGCCGCCGAGCGCGAGGCCGCCGCGCAGCGGCAGCGCCUGGCUGCCGAGCGCGAGGCGGCCGCCGCGGCUGCGCGCCAGGGCGAGGAGGCGCUGGCGCGGCAGGCGGCGGCGCUGGAGGCGAGGGCGGCACGGAUCGAGGAGCAGGGGCGCAGCCUGGUGGACCGGGAUGCUGAGCUGGCGGAGAAGGAGCGGGAGUUUGAGGGGCAGGUCAGGGAGAUCACUCGUUCGCUCAAGGAGCGGGAGGCCAGGGCGCGGGAGGCGGAGGAGGUGGCGGCGGCCCACCUGCAGCGCGAGAAGCGCCUCAUACAGGCGGAGUCAGACUUGCUGCAGCGAGAGCAGGCGGUGGAGCGGGAGCGAGGCGAGGCAGCCACCAGCCGGUCGAAGCUGGAGGCGGCGUGGGCCGGCCAGCGGCAGGAGGCGGCGCGGCUGGCAGAAGCGGGCCGCGCGCUGGAGGCGCAGCAGGCCGAGGCGGCGGAGGCGCUGGGCGGACGCGAGGCCGCGCUGGCGGCGCGCGAGGAGGAGCUGGCAGCAGCGAUGCAGGAGUUUGAGCGAGAGCGCGAGGCGCAGGCGGAAGCGGAUGAGGAGCAGCGGCAGCGCACGCUGGCGGAGCUGCGGCGCCUGGACGAGGGCAUCGGCGAGGCCAUGGGCCAGCUGCGGCAGGCGGAGGAGGAGGCGGCGGAGAUGCGGCGGCGGGUGCAGGAGGUGCAGCGGGAGGGCGCCGAGGCGGAGGCGGCGCGCGACAAGGCGCUGCUGGCGCACACGGCUGCGCAGCAGGCUGCCCGGGAUGUGCAAGCGGCCAUGGAGGAGGCUCUGGCCACUGGCAGAGAGGAGGUGGAGAAGGUCAAGCAGCGGUACGAUUCCAUGCUGCAAGAAAUGGCGGCCUUCCGCGCCGAGCGGCAGCAGUGGGAGGAGGGCCAGGCGGCAGCCGAGCGGCGGCUGGCGGAUGAGCGCCAGAGCUUUGAGGCAACCGCCAAGUCACAGCGCGAGCAGCUGGAGGCGGACCGCGAGCAGCUGCGCUCCGACUUUGAGCAGCUGGUGGCGCAGCAGCAGGAGCGGGCCGCGGAGUGGGAGGAGGCGGCCAAGCAGGAGGAGGCAGCCCUGGGCCAGCACAAGCAGGCACGGGCUGCCGCACCCGAGGUGGAGGCGGCGGAGCAGCGCCUGCAGCGCCGCACGGAGGAGCUGUCGGGCGUGGAGCGGCGCAUUACGGCGGCGCAGCAGCGGCUGGACGGCGAGGCGGAGCGCCUGAGGAAGGCGAUGGCUGGGCUGGAGGAGGAGGGGGCAGGCCUCAGGGAGCGUGCCGAUGAGCUGGCGGCGCGGGAGGAGUCUCUGGAGGCCUGGAAGGCGCAGUUCAAGGCGGAGGCGGUGCGCCAGAUUGCGGAGCGAGAGCGCCUGCUCACCGAGUGGCAGGCGCGGCUGGACCGCCGGCAGGCGGAGAUCGAGGAGGGGGCGCGGGGCGCAGAGAAGACGAUUGCGGCGCGGGAGGAGGCGUCUGUGGCUCACGAGCGAGCCGCGCUGCAGGGCGCACAGGAGCUGGAGGCGCGGCUGGCGGCGUUUGACUCCAAAGAGAAGAAGGCGCUGCGGGAGCUGGCGGACCGGGAGACGGCGCUGGCGGGCAAGGAGUCCAGGCUGGCGGCGCAGCAUGCUGAGCUGGCAGAGCGUGGUGCAGCGCUGGAGGCGGCCAAGUCGCGGCUGGAGGCCGACCGCAGGGCGCUGGAGCAGCGGGAGGAGAGCCUGCAGCAGGCGCAGGCAGAGGUGCGCAAGGCGCGCACCAACCUGGAGCUGGCCAGUUCCGAGCUUGAUGACCGCCAGAAGCGGACGGCGCACAAGGAGGCGCGGGCGGGCGACCUGGAGGCGCAGGCUGAGGAGCUGCACACCCGCCUCAGCCGGCAGAGCCUGGAGCUGAGCGAGGCCAUCGCCGCCGCCAAGGCGAGGGAGGCGGAGGCGGCGCAGCAGCUGAGGACGGCCGAGGGCAAGCUGCGGGAUGCAGUGCAGCGGGAUGAGCGGCACGCCCAGGACCUGGCCAAGUGGGAGGCGGCGGUGGGCGAGGCGCGGGCGCAGCAGGCUGCGGCUGCGGCGGCGGCCCACGAGGCGCAGCGCGCGCAGCAGCUGGCGGAGGCCAGCCGGGGCCUGCUGGCUGAGCUGGAGCGCGCUCUGGAUGCUCGGGAGUCCAAGCUGCAGGACAGCUGGAAGGCGCUCAAGGCACAGCUGGCCCACGUCGGGGAUGGCGGCGCGGGCCUGCUGCUGCACUCGGACCAGCGUCUCAAGGACGAUGCCCAGGCGACGGCGGUGGAGGCUUCGGGCCGCUCCCCCUCGCCGCUGCCCCCCGUCAACGCCUCCUCCGCCGCCUCUCCCGACCUCGUGCGCCUGCUGCACCAGCGCCGCACACAGCUGGUGGAGCGUGAGACGGCGCUGCAGCGCUGGGUUGUGGCCCUGGAGCUGGAGGCUGCACGGCAGGGCGCCGCCGCCAAGCAGCUGGCGGCGCAGGAGGCCAAGGUCGCCAGGCUGGCGUCCGAGGCAGGCGAGGGCCGGAGCUCGGCGCAGGCGCUGCUGGCGGAGGUGGCCGUGCGCGAGGAGGCGCUGCAGCGCCAGGCCGCGGCGCUGGAGCAGCAGCAUGGCGCGCUGCAGGCGGAGCAGGAGGUGCAGGCGGCAGAGCGGGCCUCGCUUGAGGGCGCGGCUGCCGAGUUGGCGGCACGCGCCGGCGCCAUAGGCAGGCGCGAGGCGGCGCUGGCGGCCAGCGAGGAGCAGUGGGAUGGCAAGGUGCAGGCUGCAGAGGCGCAGCUCAAGGCUGCCAGCGAGGCCGCUGCCAAGGCGCAGAAGGAGCUGCAUGCGGUGGAAGUGAGGGAGGCGAAGCUGUCGGAGCGGGAGAGCGCUGUGGCGGAGGCGAAGGCCAGCCUGGCGCAGCGCGCACAGCAGCUGGCCGCCGCCGAGCGCGAGGUGGCAGAGCGUGCGCAGCAGCUGGACCGCUCGGUAGCGCAGGCGGAGGCGGACCGGGCCUCUGCCGCCGCUCAGCGCGAGGAGCUGGCGAGGCAGCGCGUCGAGGUGGCAGACGCGCAGCAGGAGGCGCAGCGCAGGCUGCAGGCUCUGGACCAGCGGGAGGCUCAGCUGGCGCAGCUGGGCAAGUCUCUGGACGCGCGCCAGGCUGAGGUGGCUGCCGCAAGCCACAGGCUGGAGCAGUUGAAGCUGCGGGAGGCUGAGCUGGCAGGGCGGGAGGCGGCCCUCGCAGAGGAGCAGCAGCGCCUGCAGCGGGAGCUGACCGCCCUGGCUGACGGCAGGCAGCGGCUGCAGGCGGAAGAGGCGCGAGUUCCGCAGGCAGCGGCGGGGGUUGGGGAGCGGGAGGGGGAGCUGUCUGGCAACCAGGAAGCGCUGCAAGGCCUGCUGCGCCCAGGUGCACCACCGCGCGAAAGCGCCCAAGAGCGCGCGGCGGCCCUGGCGCAGCAGCGGGUGCAGGUGGCAGAGGAGAAGGCUGCUGCGGCCCUGGCGGCGGCGCAGGAGCAGGCUGCGCGCGCCGAUUCGGAGCGCGCCUGGGUGCGGCAGCAGCAGGAGGGGCUGACCCCGCGCCUGGAGAGCACCAGCGCCCUGCAGGCGGAAGCCAAGCAGCGUGCGCGGGAGCUGUCGCAGCAGGCUGAGGAGCUGCAGUGCCAGCGCCAGCAGCUGGACGCUGAGCGCGGCAGCCUGGAGAAGCUGAGGCAGCAGCUGGAGGCCAGCCAGGCGCAGGCGGACAGGACGCUUGCGCAGGCGGCCGAGGUGGCGGCCCGGGAGCAGCAGCUGGCUGCCAAGGAGCGGGCCGUGGUUGAGCAGGAGGCAGCGCUCAGGACGCGGGAGGCGCAAGUGGCGCAGGCUGAGGCUGCGGCCGCCAGCGACCAGCAGCGCCUGGGCGGGCUGAGCCGGGAGCUGGAGAGCCGGGCGGCGGCAGACGGCGAUGCGCUGCGGCGCCUGCAGGAGACGCUAGCGGCACAGCAGGAGGAUCUGCAGCAGGCGCAGCGCGAGCACAGCGCCAGCAGCGCUGAGCUGGCGCUGGAGCGCGAGGCGGUGCGGCGGGAGCGAGAGGGGCUGGAACGGCGGGCGGAGGCGCUGCAGCAGGAGCUGUGUGUGCGCAAGGCCGCCCUGGAUGACCGCGAGCAGCGGCUGAUUGCUGCCGAGGCGGACCUGCGGUCGGCACGUGGUGAGCAGGAACGCGCAGCCCGGCAGCUGCAGCAGGCGCAGCAGGAGGCGGAGGCAGCGCGCGCCGAGGCGGAGGCCGCGCGGCGGCGGGCCAGCAGCGAGGCGAGCGCACUGGAGGGCCGGGCGGCCGGCGUGGCGGCCGAGGCGGCGGCGGCCUCGGAGCAGCACAUGGCGGCCAGCUCGAGGCUGCGGGAUGUGGAGCAGCGGGAGGAGGCGGUGUUCAGGGCGGAGAGGGAGGUGGCCACGCUGCAGGGGCGGCUGGAGGGCCAGCAGGCGGAGCUGGCUGAGAAGGCGUCGGCGCUGGCGGAUGCCGCCGCGCGGCACCAGGCCGAGGCGGCGGCAUUCGAGGCGCAGCGCCGCGCUUGGGUGGACGGCGAGGCGGGGCGGCGGGAGCUGCUGGCGCGGGAGACGGAGCUGCGGGAGGAGGCAGAGCGCCUGCGUGCCAAGGCUGCCGCUGUGUCCGCUGAGUCCUCUGAAGCGGCGGCGCUGCAGAAGCAGCUUGUGCAGCAGGAGCGGGAGCUGGCGCGGCAGGCCGCCCAGCUGGCCAAGGAGGCUGCGGAGGUGGAUGUUCGGGCCCGGGAGUCCAGCAAGCACCUGGGGCAGGCUGAGGCCACGCAGGCGGUGCUGGAGCGGCGGGCAGAGGAGCUGAACGCUGCCGAAGUGCGGGUGCGGGAGCUCCAGGUGCAUGUGGAGCAGCAGAUGCGCGCGCUGGAGGGGCGCGAGGCGGAGCUGCGCACGAUUGAGAUCGAGUCUAAGACGUUGCACAGGCGGGAGCAGCUGGCAGCAGAAGAGGAGCGGCGCCUGCAGCAGCUCGAGAGCAAGCUGACGGCCAAGGAGCGUGCCGUGGCUGAGCAGCAGGGGCAGGUGCAGGCGGCACGCGCCGAGGCGGAGCGAAAGCUGGAUGCCGUCAACGCUCGGCUGCGGGGCGUGGCUGAGCGGGAGCGGGAACUCGAUGCCCGCCAGCAGCAGCUUGUGCAGCAGGUGGAGCAGGCGCAGGCGGAGGUGGAGCAGCAGCAGGCCGAGGCGGCGCGGCAGCUGGCGGCGCUGGCGGCACGGGAGCGGGCCGUGAAGCGGCAGGAGGAUGGGCUGGAGGGCGUCAAGGAUGCGUACGAGCGGCUGGAUGCGCGGGAGCAGCGCACGCGGCAGCAGGAGCAGGAGCUGGCUGAGGCCAGGCAGGCGGCGCAGGCCGACUUGCAGGCUGCCGACCUGGCCAAGCGCAGCCUGGAGGCUGAGCGGCAGGAGCUGGCGCAGCUGCGGGAGGGGCUGCGCCAGCAGCAGGCUCAGGCAGCGGCAGAGGCCGCACGCCUGGCAGAGCUGCAGCAGCGUGAGGCGCGGCUCAAGCAGCGGGAGGCCGACGCGGCGGCCUCGCAGCAGCGCCUGGCGGCCUCGCAGCAAGAGCUGGCUGAUGCGGAGCACCGCCUGCGGUCUGGCGCCGAUGGCGUGGCGGAGGCAAUAGUGGCGGAGGCGCGGGCGGAGGCGGACGGUAUCUUGCAGGCGGCGCGGGACGAGUGCCGGCGGGCAGAGGCGGACCUCCGGGCGCUGCGGGAGCAGCUGCAGGAGGCGGAGGGCCGGGUGCAGCGGCGGGAGCUGGAAGUGCAGCAGGCGGCGGCGGAGGCGCGCAGCGCGGCGGAGGCGGCGGCCGCCGAGCAGCGGCGCGCGGCCGAAGCCUCGGCCAUUCAGGCAGAGAAGGAGCAGCUCCUGCGCAACAGGGAGGAGGUGGCGGCGGGCAAGGAGCGGGAGCUGCAGCGGCGGGCGGCGGCGCUGGAGGGGGCAGAGCAGCGCAUGGCGCAGCUCACGCGCCGCCUGGAAGCUGACCUGAAGCUGGCCGCCUCUCCGUCGGCCGCCGCAGCCGCCGCAGCCGCAGCAGCAGCCACAGCGGCUUCGAGCGGCGGCAGCCAGCCGCGGGCCGGCUCCGAGGGCUUUGGCUCUGUGCUCCACUCAGCUAGCAGCCAGCGCGGCAGCCAGUUCACGGCAGGGCCUGCCGGUAGCAUGAGCACCAAGGCGCCGCUGCCCAGCAGGCUGGGCAGCCAGCCGCCGCCGCGGCAGCAGCAGGCUGCCACGCCGUCGGCGGCGGGGGCCGGCAGCGGGGCCAGCCUGGCCACGGGGGGCACUUAUGCCACCCCCGCCAGCUCUCUGCUGCAGCGCUCUGCCAGCUUCGACACCCAGCACACAGCGCCCGGCUCAACCACAUCCACCGCCGGCGGCGGCGCGGCGCUGCGGCGUGACAGCCUGGCCUCGUCGUUUGACGCCACGCCCGACCGUGCGGCCACCCUGGGGCAGGCGCUGCGGCAGGUGCAGGCGGCCACAGACAAGGGCGCCGGCAGGCUGCAGCGGCUGGAGGGCAUCGCUCGUGCCAUCGCGCAGGGCGCCGCCGAUGCGGCGUCGGUCGCGGAGGCCAGCCGGGCUGUGGCGCAGCUGCGGCAGGGGCUGCAGGAGAUGCAGCAGGGGCAGGCCGCGGUGGAGCUGCAGCUCAAGUAUGCCAGUAGCGCGUCGCAGCUGGCGCAGCUGCAGCCGCAGCUGGAGGAGCAGCAGCGGCUGCUGGCGGCGUGGGAGGGGCGGCUGGGGCGCCAGCUGGAGGCGAUCGUGGGCAUGCAGAAGAGCUCGCUGGCAGCCCGCGCCUCGGGGGGCAGCAGCAGCAGCGUGAGCGGCAGCGCUGGAGGCGCGCGCGCGGCCGUCUCGGGGACGCCGAUGGCUGCCACGCCACAGAGCAGCGGCCUGCGCUUCCGCCCGGCCCCGCCCAGCGGGCAUUGA